UGCGAAGCGCAGCACUUGGCGGCUUGAGCGGAGCCAUGUCCCUUUUUCUGGCGCUGCUCUUGCCAGCGUCGGGGCUGAUGCUGCUGCGAUUCUUUGCCGCGGAUGUCUACGACGCCGUGAUUGUGCGGAUGACGGCCCGGUGGUACCAGGCAGUGCUUCAGCGCCUCAACAAGGGCGACCGCAUCCUGGACGUGGGCAUUGGGACAGCGACUGCACUUGUGAAGAACAAGGCGGCGCUGUUGGACCGCCACAUCUCGGUGGUGGGGAUAGAUUAUGAGGCAGCCUACGUCCGCAAGGCAGAGGCGGUGCUGAAGGCCGCGGAGCUUUGGUGCCCAGCGCCGAGCGGCACCGAGGGCUACCGGCCGGGGGAGUUCUACUGCCGGGUCCUCGAGCGGUCCAUCUACGACGAGCUGUCGGACCUGUGCUUUGAGGAGAGUGACAAGGCAAAGUCCCAUCCUGUUCCAGAGGAUCUCCGGUUCGAUGCCGUGUACUUCUCUGGCUCCUUGACAGUGAUGCCAGACCCGCCGGCAGCCUUAAGAGCAGUCGUUCCACUUAUGAAAAGCAGCGGUCGCAUUUUCAUCACUCAGACUUUUCAGAGAACACACUCUCCACUUAUGGCCUUCAUCAAGCCAUUGCUGAAGUAUGUGACCACCAUCGACUUUGGGCAGCUGACCACCGAGGAUGACCUGAAGCGCAUCAUAGCGGAAGCCAAGUGCUUCGAGACGCUUGAGAAUGAGCCCAUCCCGGGCUCCGUUAAGAAUGGCAUGCAGACAGCGAAGCUGGUGAUCCUCAAACCGAAGGCGUGAGGAGUCCGAGUCUUUGGAAAAGCACGGAGCCGGGAAGCGGAAGCCGCCCGGGCGAGACCGCGCAGUUUUCCUCGGCGCGGGACGCCGCGCUGCUCGCGGCGGACCGACCUUCGAUGAAAAGGGCCGCGCCCACCGUCAGUCGCGCCCGAAACGGGGCACCGAGUCAGGACCGGCCUCGCUUGGAGCAUUCGAACAUUGC